UCCAUCAGAAUGACACCUUCUCAGGUUACCUUUGAAAUAAGAGGAGCUCUUUUACCAGGAGAGGUUUUUGCAAUAUGUGGAAGCUCUGAUGCUUUGGGAAACUGGAAUCCUCAAAAUGCUGUGGCUCUUCUUCCAGAGAAUGAGACAGGUGAAAGCAUGUUAUGGAAAGCAACCAUUGUACUUAGUAGAGGAGUAUCAGUUCAGUACCGCUACUUCAAAGGGUGCUUUUUAGAACCAAAGACUAUCGGUGGUCCAUGUCAAGUCAUAGUUCACAAGUGGGAGACUCAUCUACAACCACGAUCAAUAACCCCUUUAGAAAGUGAAAUUAUUAUUGAUGAUGGACAAUUUGGAAUCCACAAUGGUGUUGAGACUCUGGAUUCUGGAUGGCUGACGUGUCAGACUGAAAUCAGAUUACGUUUGCAUUAUUCUGAGAAACCUCCUGUCUCAAUAACCAAGAAAAAAUUAAAAAAAUCUAGAUUUAGGGUAAAGCUGACACUAGAGGGUCUGGAGGAAGAUGACGAUGAUAGGGUAUCUCCCACUGUUCUUCACAAAAUGUCCAAUAGUCUGGAGAUAUCCUUAAUAAGCGACAAUGAGUUCAAGUGCAGGCAUUCACAGCCGGAGUGUGGGUAUGGCUUACAGCCUGAUCGUUGGACAGAGUAUAGUAUACAGACAAUGGAACCAGAUAACCUGGAACUAAUAUUUGAUUUUUUUGAGGAAGAUCUCAGUGAACACAUAGUUCAGGGCGACGCUCUUCCUGGACAUGUGGGUACAGCAUGCCUCUUAUCAUCCACCAUUGCAGAGAGUGGGAAGAGUGCUGGAAUCCUUACUCUUCCCAUCAUGAGCAGAAAUUCCAGAAAAACAAUAGGCAAAGUGAGAGUUGACUAUAUAAUUAUUAAGCCGUUACCAGGAUACAGUUGUGACAUGAAAUCUUCAUUUUCCAAGUAUUGGAAGCCAAGAAUACCAUUGGAUGUUGGACAUCGAGGUGCAGGAAAUUCUACAACAACUGCUCAGCUUGCUAAAGUUCAAGAAAAUACUAUUGCUUCUUUAAGAAAUGCUGCUAGUCAUGGUGCAGCCUUUGUAGAAUUUGAUGUACAUCUUUCAAAAGAUUUUGUGCCUGUAGUGUAUCAUGAUCUGACCUGUUGUUUGACUAUGAAAAAGAAAUUUGAUGCUGAUCCAGUUGAAUUAUUUGAAAUCCCAGUAAAAGAAUUAACCUUUGACCAACUCCAGUUGUUAAAGCUCACUCAUGUGACUGCACUAAAAUCUAAAGAACUGAAAGAAUCUGUGGUUGAGGAGGAAAAUUCCUUUUCUGAAAAUCAGCCAUUUCCUUCUCUUAAGAUGGUUUUAGAGUCUUUGCCAGAAGAUGUAGGGUUUAACAUAGAAAUAAAAUGGAUCUGCCAACAAAGGGAUGGAAUAUGGGAUGGUAACUUAUCAACAUAUUUUGACAUGAAUCUGUUUUUGGAUAUAAUUUUAAAAACUGUCUUAGAAAAUUCUGGGAAGAGGAGAAUAGUAUUUUCUUCCUUUGAUGCAGAUAUUUGCACAAUGGUUCGGCAAAAGCAGAACAAAUAUCCCAUAUUAUUUUUGACUCAGGGGAAAUCUGAUAUUUACCCUGAACUCAUGGACCUCAGAUCUCGGACAACCCCCAUUGCAAUGAGCUUUGCACAGUUUGAAAAUCUACUGGGGAUAAAUGCACAUACUGAAGACCUUCUCAGAAACCCAUCCUAUAUUCAAGAGGCAAAAGCUAAGGGACUGGUCAUAUUCUGCUGGGGUGAUGAUACCAAUGAUCCUGAAAACAGAAAGAAAUUAAAGGAAUUUGGAGUUAAUGGUCUAAUUUAUGAUAGGAUAUAUGAUUGGAUGCCUGAACAGCCAAAUAUAUUCCAAGUGGAGCAGUUGGAACGUCUGAAGCAAGAAUUGCCAGAGCUUAAGAGCUGUUUGUGUCCCACUGUUAGCCGCUUUGUCCCCUCGUCUUUUUGUGGGGAGCCUGACAUCCAUGUGGAUGCCAACGGCAUAGAUAAUGUGGAGAAUGCUUAG